UUAGAUUCGAAAAUAUUGAUCAGUUAUAUCGUAGAUUCUGAUCAGACUGGACCAGACCCGAUCCGUUAUCAAGUUUCGAGUGUUAAAAUAUUUACCGACUCUUUUUUUUUGUGCCAAAUCAAAUUCACAUUGAAAUACUAAACAAAAAACAUGAAACAUUUCCGGAAUAUGAUCCUAGCAAUUACCAUCAUCCUAUGUAUAACAGCUCCGCUAUCGGCUAAGCCUCUUAAGAUAAUCAAUAUGAAAAUUGAAACAACCCAAUUCGAUGCAGCGAAACCAAAUACUCAUCCAAAACCAGAUAGCAGCCGAUACACGCGUAGUAAUGCUGUACCGACAGAGGAAAGUAAAAUAAUGAGAAUUGUAGAUGUGCAUCAGACACCACAGAUGCUGGGAAAUGAACGUGGUGCUAGAUUACACAUUGCUAAUGGUGCAUAUCCCGUCUAUUACAGCAUAGCUCGUGCAAAUGGUCAAUUUGGAAAACACAUUCAUGCUUUAGAAGCAAAUGAAUGAAACGUUUCGAUUGUAAUUUGUAUUUGAAAGCGUAAUAGAAAAAAAAAACUGUGUAAUUUGCUCAAGCACCAUGGGAAGAUGAUAUGUUUUGAAAUCGUGUAAAGUUUUCGACGAGUUUUAACGGGUAGAAAUUUUCGCUUAAAGUGAUAUUUUAGGAAUGUAAUCUUUUUCGUAGAAUAAAUAUCGUUCUGUCGUUUUA